AGGUCGGGAGGCGCGGGUGCUCGCGACCGCUUGGAGGUCGCGGCGGCAUAUGCUCCCGCGACCUGAGCUCCUCCUCCUCCUCCUCCCGCUCGGUCCCGUGGGCCGCGCGCUGGAGCACGCCCGCGAGGCCGGCGCCGCUGUCACGGGGCUUCGAGCAGAUCUCGUUUGCGGCACCGGCCCGCGGCUCCCCACCUGAUGUCCGCCUUACGUGUCGCCGGAGUGGCUGGUCGGUGACCCCGCGUUCCUCUUCCACAGCGGGGCACCGCCUUCGCUGCCAGCCUUCCACGGGCAGCACGGCUAUCGUUGACUUCUUCUAUUUUUUACUCAACAGUUCAAUCUGAUUAGAAAACCUAAGCAGGCUCCACUGAGAUAGGAAGAUAGCAUCACACAGUUCCUGAUCCAGUGUUGGACAAGACAAGUGACUUAUCGUCCAUUGGGUACUGUAAUUUUCUAACAAAUUCCUUCGAUUAUGACAAAUUCUAGACAAUGAAUUAAUCACCUCUUAUCUUCCAUCGUCCAAUCUCCGCCCUACUCAGCCGAAAAGGGGCACACCAGGGGCAUCUUUCUGAUCAAGAAUUUAUUGGCACCAGCCUGCCAAUAAAGGGUGUGAAGAACCUGCCAAAACGGCCUUUGGAUGAUCCAUGAAACAAGGGCAGAGUGGCUUCAUGUCUAAAGAAUGCGAGAAAAUCAUUUCUGUCAUCAAUAAAAAUACAAAGAAGAAAAAGUUUGAAUUGUUCAAUAAACCGGGAAGCAACUGCCCCUGGGCUAUUAAUAAUGGACAGUGCCAUCAUAGAAACAUUUGCGUCAACAAGGAAAGGAACUUCUUGUGAAUGGCUUUGUAAGUAAGCUGUCUGCUAACCUCGCUUAUAUAGACCAGGAAAUGAUGGACUAAACGAGAACUCAAACCAGAUCAAUAUUCUUCCAGGUUCCCAUCACAAAGUUUCAGAAUGGAAACAUUUGUUUCUGCAGUUCUUGGCGAUCUCCUCAGUCGAUUAAUAUCUUUCGUCUUCGAUAGAUGUUACAGGCAGCAGAAGGGCGUGGGGGACUACCUGCUGCAGUUGCACCGUGUCCUGCUGCGCAUCCAGGCCACCAUGGAAGAGGCCGAGGGACGGCACAUCACAAACAAAGCGAUGCUUCGGCAGCUUCAGAUGCUGAGAGAAAUGAUGUAUAAAGGCUGCUACCUGCUUGAUACUUUCACGUAUCAGGUGCUUCAGCAACACAGGGACAAUGAUCAGGUUAGUGAUCACCCCUUGUCCAUAUACUGUCGAGCCAAGCGCUUGUGCUUCAGUACAAGAGGGAUGAAUGUCUCAUUUCAAGUUGAUGGGGUAAAGGAGGUUCAGAAGAUGCUAGAAAGCCUGCAAAGCAUCAUCGUUGAUAUGACCGAGUUCAUUGUUUUCUUGAAAUUUUAUCCUCCCAUCAACCGUGAGCCUUACAGCAAGUACUUGUUUUUGGAGAACUGCAUGUUUGGCCGCCAGGCUGAGAUGGAGAAGAUCAUCAGCUUCUUGUUGCAGCCAGAGCCUCCCGGCGCAGAAAGUUUGCAAGUGCUUCCAAUAACUGGUCCCGCAAGAGUUGGGAAAAGCACCCUUGCUGAGCAUCUCUGUUAUGAUGAGAGGGUGCGCAAUCACUUUUCCACAAUUAUUCUAUGCAGUGGAGAUUCUACUGCUCCAGAAGGCAGUGGUGCGGUCAAGAAGCGAACUCACGGUUCACAUGGAAGAUCACUUAUUAUCACGGAGCUUGCUGAUGAUUUGGUUAUAGAUGAAAGGCAAUGCAGAAACUUUUACUCUUCAAGAAACCACAUGCCACCAGGAAGUAAAAUUAUUGUGACAAGCAGAUCAGAGAAUAUCAUAAAACUUGGUACUACAGUAGCUAUUAAAUUAGAUUUUUUGUCUCGGGAAGCUUACUGGUACUUCUUCAAGGUGAUGGCUUUUGGAAGCACUAAUCCUGCUGACCACCCGGAGCUAGCAUCAAUAGCUAUGGAAAUUGCAGCAGGGCUAGAGCGAUGCUUCGUGGGCGCACAUGUAAUAUGUGGCUUUCUGAGAGCUAACAUGCAGCGUCGGUUUUGGAACAAGAUCCUUGAAUGUCAGAGAAACAAUAUAGAUAGAAAUAUCCGCAUCUUUGGUGAACAUCCACUGGCUCUUAUUCAGAAAAAACAGACCGCAUAUGUUUGGAGUCUGUCCAACAUGUCCAUGAGGGUUAAAGUUCUUUAUUGUCAAACACAUUCCACCCUGAAUGAUGUUCCAAAGAUAGCGUUGCACGAAGUCCAAACAAGUGCAAAAGCUCGUGGGAAGCUGGAAGCCCUGGUGUUGAAAUCGCGCAUACCCCCGUAUCACAGCUACUCUAUGACAUGUGAGAUUGAGGUGCCACGAGACAUGACGACCAAGAAGAAACGACCUCGUUCUUAUCUGGAAAUAUGAACAUUUCCUCGCUGUUCAAUUCAUUGGCUGUUUUCAUUGUUGAGAUCAAAUGUUAAAUGUGAAUGCUGACAUGCAAAUAUACCAAGAGUGAUCAAA